AUGCUGCUCGGAUUAUUCGCCUGUGCGUGGCUUUCGUGCCUGGGUCUGGCGUUUGCCUUGCCGGGUCGCUUGCGACUGGCAGACAAGCGGCAGCAUCUUCUGCAAGAUAUUGUCACGUGGGACGCGAACUCGCUCCUGAUCAAUGGCGGACGACUGAUGAUCUUCAGCGGGGAGUUUCAUCCUUUCAGACUCCCCGUCCCAUCGCUCUGGCUGGACAUCUUCCAGAAAGUCAAGGCCCUCGGCUUCAACACGAUCUCUUUCUACGUCGACUGGGCGCUGGUCGAGGGAAAGCAAGGCAACUUUUCUGCAGAGGGGGUUUUUGACCUGCAGCCGUUCUUCGAUGCGGCCAAGACGGCGGGAAUAUACCUCAUUGCUCGACCGGGACCGUAUAUUAAUGCUGAGUCGUCCGGUGGAGGCUUACCCGGCUGGCUCCAGAGAAUCAAAGGCCAUCUCCGGACACGAGACCCCGAGUUCAUGAAUGCACAGGCUGGCUAUAUCAGCAAGAUCGGACCCAUCAUCGCAGAGGCGCAGAUCACAAACGGCGGACCCGUCAUCCUAGUUCAACCGGAAAAGCAAGAAUACAGCCAUCCUGAGGAUGGAACGUCGCUCGAUCCGUUAUACAUGCAAGAGGUCGAGGACUACUACCGCCAAGCAGGCAUUGUCGUCCCCCUGAUCAACAACGAUGGGCUCAACUACGGCAAUUUUGCGCCAGGGACGGGCGUCGGCCAGGUCGAUAUUUACAGCCAUGACAGCUACCCUCUGGGCUUCGACUGCUCGCAGCCGUACAACUGGACGGGCGAUUAUUUCCCGACAAACUUUUACACUGUCCACGAGGAGCAGAGUCCUACGACGCCGUACAGCAUUAGUGAGUUCCAAGGAGGAUCCUUCGAUCCAUGGGGCGGUUACGGUGUCGACAACUGCGCCACUCUGCUCAACAACGAAUUCGAACGGGUAUACAACAAGAACGACUUUAGCUUUGGCGUGAAGAUAUUUAAUCUCUACAUGAUCUACGGCGGAACCAACUGGGGAAACCUGGGCCACCCCGGGGGCUACACGUCCUACGACUAUGGCAGCGCAAUCACAGAAGACCGGACCCUCACGCGAGAGAAAUACAGCGAGUUGAAGCUCGAGGCCAACUUCUUGAAGGUGUCGCCCGCCUACCUCGUUGCGGACGUGCACAAUGUCACCAAUACCAGCUACACCAGCACGCCGGCCAUCUCGGUGACGAGGCUCAGCGCCAACACGACGGCCUUCUGGGUGGUUCGUCACUCGGAUCAUACAAGCGUUGCUGCGACAGAGUAUACCCUGCAGCUGCCAACGAGUGUUGGCAUGACGACCAUUCCUCAGAACGGAUCCCUGCUGCUGAACGGGCGAGAUUCGAAGAUCCUGGUCACAGACUACAUGGUUGGGUCUUUCUGGUUACUGUACUCCAGUGCAGAAAUAUUUACAUGGAAGGAUCAUGGAUCGAGGACAGUGCUCAUCCUGUAUGGCGGACCGGGCGAGACGCACGAGGCUGCUUUCAAAAGCACGUCGAAGCCGACAAUCCUGGAAGGUGCAGCAGCAGUCAAAACAAGUGGGAAUAUCGCAACUAUCAACUGGCGAACCAGCAGCACGCGAACCAUCAUCCAACUCGAUACGCUCUACAUCUACCUGCUUGAUCGCAAUUCUGCGUACGACUACUGGGUCCUCGACCUCUCUGGGUCAAACAACUACAGCACCGCUGAAUCCGUCAUCGUCAAAGCAGGUUACCUCCUACGGACGGCACAAAUCCAGGGCGGAAACCUGCAGCUUACGGGCGACAUCAACCGCACGACGACAGUCGAAGUGAUCAGUGCCCCGACGAACGUCAGCUCCGUCUCGUUCAAUGGCCGUCGCCUUCCUGUUCAACGGCAACCAUCAACGGGCAUCCUCACCGCAGAGGUGGAAUACAAACCUCCAGCGCUGCAUCUCCCGGACCUGGCCUCUCUAGACUGGAAAGUCGUCGACAGUCUCCCCGAAAUCCAGCCAACAUACAACGACUCCCGCUGGACGCCGGCGAGCAAUACCUACACGAACAACACAACUGGAUGGAAUCUGACGACGCCAACGAGCCUGUACGCAAGCGACUACGGCUACCAUACGGGAAGCCUGCUUUUCCGAGGCUGGUUCACCGCGAACGGGAACGAGACGACGUUUUCUGUCCACACGCAGGGCGGCACCGCCUACGGGGCAUCUGUGUGGGUAGACGAUACAUUCCUGGGCUCGUGGCCAGGGAACAGCGUGACGUCGAACUACACGCAGUGUCUGCAGUUACCAAACCUUACCCCCGGGACAAGACAUGUUUUCACAGUGGUGAUCGACGACAUGGGCUAUGACGAGAACGGUGUUAUUGGAGCGGACAACAUGAAAAACCCCCGCGGCAUUCUCGACUACUCGCUUACCGGCCACAACGCAAGCGACAUCACAUGGAAGGUGACCGGCAAUCUCGGCGGCGAGGACUAUGUCGACCGCACCCGGGGGCCGCUGAACGAGGGAGGCCUGUACGCUGAGCGGCAGGGGUGGCAUUUACCAAAGCCGCCGGCAGAGAAGUUUGCGUCAGGGAAUCCCCUCGUGGGGAUUCAGAGGGCGGGUGUGGCGUUCUAUACUGCGUCUUUUACCCUCGACAUGCCAGAAGGAUACGACAUUCCACUCGCAUUCAUCUUUACCAAUUCUUCCUCGACUUUGACGACUGCGCAGAAGAAGCAGAACCAGAACCAAAACCAAAACUAUCGAGUCCAGCUAUACGUGAACGGAUAUCAAUUUGGGAAAUACGUAAACAACAUCGGCCCCCAAACUACCUUCCCCGUCCCAGAAGGAAUCCUGAACUACCACGGCAUCAACUACAUUGCGCUCUCCCUCUGGGCGCUCGAUAAAGAGGGGGCGAGACUCGCUGGGUUGCGACUUGCGCUGACGGGCCAUACUCAGGCUGUACUGUCCGGUUAUGGACGACCUGUUGCGUUGAGUCCGAUGCCGGAGUGGGAGGAGAGGAGGGAUGCUUAUUGA